CCCCCAAGUUUGCUGAGUUUCUUAACUCGGCCAUGGGUAACUGUAACGCCUGUGUAAGGCCUGACUCAAAACCAUCACCGAAGCCAAAAAAACCCAAUCGAGAUCGGAAAUUAAACCCAUUCGCCGGAGAAUUCACCAGAUCCCCUGCUCCAAUACGUGUUCUCAAAGAUGUAAUCCCUAUGAGCCAUCAAACUCAGAUCAGCGACAAAUACAUCUUAGGUCGAGAAUUAGGUCGCGGCGAAUUCGGAAUCACUUACCUCUGCACUGAUCGUGAAACCCAUGAAGCUUUAGCUUGCAAAUCGAUUUCAAAACGGAAACUUCGAACAGCCGUCGAUAUCGAAGACGUUCGUCGUGAGGUAGCGAUUAUGUCUACUUUACCUGAGCACCCAAACGUAGUUAAGCUUAAGGCUAGUUAUGAGGACAACGAGAACGUGCAUCUGGUUAUGGAGCUUUGUGAAGGAGGUGAGCUUUUUGAUCGGAUCGUUGCCAGAGGACAUUACACGGAGCGUGCUGCUGCAGCUGUUGCGAGAACGAUUGCUGAGGUUGUGAUGAUGUGUCACUCUAAUGGAGUUAUGCAUCGAGAUUUGAAACCUGAGAAUUUCUUGUUUGCUAACAAGAAGGAGAAUUCUCCAUUAAAAGCCAUUGAUUUCGGCUUGUCUGUGUUCUUCAAACCUGGAGAUAAGUUUACAGAGAUUGUAGGAAGUCCGUAUUAUAUGGCUCCAGAAGUGUUGAAGAGAGAUUAUGGACCAGAGGUUGAUGUGUGGAGUGCAGGAGUUAUUAUCUAUAUUUUGCUCUGUGGUGUUCCUCCGUUUUGGGCUGAGACUGAACAAGGUGUUGCUCUUGCGAUCUUGCGGGGAGUUCUUGAUUUUAAGAGAGACCCUUGGCCUCAGAUUUCAGAGAGUGCCAAGAGUCUUGUGAAGCAGAUGUUAGAUCCUGAUCCGACUAAGCGGUUAACUGCUCAGCAAGUGUUAGCUCACCCAUGGAUACAGAAUGCAAAGAAAGCUCCCAAUGUUCCUUUAGGAGAUAUAGUCAGAUCGAGGUUGAAGCAGUUCUCUAUGAUGAACAGAUUCAAAAAGAAAGUUCUUCGUGUAAUCGCGGAGCACUUGUCUAUUCAAGAGGUUGAAGUGAUCAAGAACAUGUUCUCACUGAUGGAUGAUGAUAAGGAUGGUAAAAUAACUUACCCAGAACUCAAAGCUGGGCUUCAGAAGGUCGGUUCACAACUUGGUGAACCAGAGAUCAAAAUGUUGAUGGAAGUGGCGGAUGUCGAUGGAAAUGGGUUUCUGGAUUAUGGAGAGUUUGUAGCUGUGAUAAUUCACUUGCAGAAGAUAGAGAAUGAUGAACUUUUCAAACUAGCUUUCAUGUUCUUUGACAAAGAUGGAAGUACAUACAUUGAACUUGAUGAGCUACGGGAAGCUUUAGCUGAUGAGCUAGGCGAACCAGACGCCAGUGUUCUAAGCGACAUCAUGCGUGAAGUUGACACUGACAAGGACGGGCGUAUAAACUAUGAUGAGUUUGUGGCGAUGAUGAAAGCAGGAACUGACUGGAGAAAGGCAUCGAGACAAUAUUCAAGAGAGAGGUUCAAAAGCUUAAGCAUUAAUUUGAUGAAAGAUGGGUCACUGCAUCUCCAUGACGCUCUCACUGGACAAACUGUUCCUGUUUAAUUUUAUUCGUUAUCACCAAAAACAGAGCAAUGCUCCGUUUUUUCCCCAUUUCAUUUAAUGGGAAUUUUCCGGGCUUGUUCUUUGAGGGAUGUGGGUUUUACGGAAGCUAUGGUCCUUUUAUAUAUAAAAACAUUUUACAUUG